AUGCCUGCCACUGUCGGAUAAACUCUCCUAAAACACCAACAACCAAAAGCUAUUGGCUCUUUGCUUUUCACGCCCCUCUUCCAAAACAAAAACCAAAAAAAUCCCACUUUCUGCUGUCCAAACGCGCCUCCGCUUCUCAAAAAAUCAAAUUCACUCCGCUUCUGACCCUAUCUCCCCCCAAUUCCAUUUCUCACACGCAUCUGUUGUAAGACAAACCUCAGUCUCUCUCUCUCUCUCUCUCUCUCUCUCUCAUUUCUCAGAGAAAUCCAUUUCUCAAGGUUUCCAUGAAUUAGGGUUAGGGUUUAGGGUUUUAGGUCUCUUCCCUCCAUUGCCGGCACAAUGAUGGUCUCUCGCGGCCUCUUCGGGUGGUCCCCGCCGCACAUCCAGCCGUUGACGCCGGUCUCGGAGGUGUCCGAGCCGCCUGAAUCGCCCUCCCCGUACCUCGAUUCGAACGCCGAGCCGGUGAGUUUGGAGGAUGACGGUGGGGGCGGGAUCGAGGAGGUGGAGGAGAUCGAGCCGCCGCCUGCUGCUGUCCCGUUCUCGAGGCUGUUCGCCUGUGCCGACGGGUUUGAUUGGUUUCUGAUGGUUGUUGGGUCGGUUGCUGCCGCGGCCCAUGGGACGGCGCUGGUCGUGUAUUUGCAUUUCUUCGGGAAGGUGUUGGAGUUGCUGAGUAGGAAGGGGUCGGGGGAGGUGUGGGAGGAUGAUAUUUUUCGGGAGUUCACGAAGCAUGCUCUGUACAUUGUUUAUAUAGCGUCAGGUGUUUUUGCUGCUGGAUGGAUAGAGGUCUCAUGCUGGAUUCUUACUGGAGAGAGGCAGACUGCAGUCAUCAGGUCAAAGUAUGUCCAAGUACUGCUAAACCAGGAUAUGAGUUUUUUUGACACAUAUGGGAAUAAUGGGGACAUCGUGAGUCAAGUAUUGAGUGACGUGCUGCUCAUUCAAUCAGCUCUUAGUGAGAAAGUUGGAAAUUAUAUUCAUAAUAUGGCAACAUUUUUUGGUGGUCUUGUCAUUGGACUGAUCAACUCUUGGCAGAUUGCACUUCUGACAUUAGGCACAGGCCCUUUCAUUGUUGCUGCAGGAGGAAUAUCAAACAUAUUUCUGCAUAGGCUUGCUGAAAAUAUUCAAGAUGCAUAUGCUGAAGCUGCGAGCAUUGCUGAGCAGGCAAUCUCUUACAUUAGGACUUUAUAUGCAUUCACAAAUGAGACGUUGGCGAAAUAUUCUUAUGCAACUUCACUUCAAGCAACUCUGAGAUACGGUAUAUUGAUAAGUCUUGUGCAAGGACUUGGACUCGGAUUUACAUAUGGACUUGCGAUAUGUUCUUGUGCUUUGCAACUUUGGGUUGGGAGGUUCCUGGUUUCUCAUGGAAAAGCCAGUGGUGGUGAAAUUUUAACAGCUGUCUUUGCUGUUAUUUUGAGUGGCCUUGGACUGAAUCAAGCAGCAACAAAUUUUUAUUCAUUCGAGCAAGGGAGAAUUGCUGCCUACAGACUGUAUGAGAUGAUAAGCCGCUCGACCUCAACUGUUAAUCAGGAUGGAAGUACCUUGGAUUCGGUGCAAGGAAACAUUGAGUUCCGCAAUGUGUAUUUCAGUUACCUGUCUCGUCCUGAAAUCCCCAUCUUAAGUGGGUUUUACCUAACUGUGCCUGCUAGAAAAACUGUGGCACUUGUUGGCAGGAAUGGCUCAGGAAAAAGUAGUAUAAUUCCUCUCAUGGAACGUUUCUAUGAUCCUACAUUAGGAGAGGUUCUUUUGGAUGGGCAAAAUAUUAAAAGCCUGAAACUAGAAUGGUUAAGAAGCCAAAUAGGACUGGUCACCCAGGAACCUGCCUUGCUAAGUUUGAGCAUUAGGGACAACAUUGCUUAUGGAAGGUCAACUGCUACAUUGGAUCAGAUUGAAGAGGCAGCCAAAAAAGCUCAUGCACAUACAUUUAUCAGCUCACUUGACAAAGGAUAUGAGACACAGGUGGGUAUGGCUGGCUUGGCAUUAACUGAAGAGCUAAAAAUAAAACUCUCAAUUGCUAGGGCAGUGCUUUCAGAUCCAUCUAUACUUCUGCUUGAUGAGGUUACUGGUGGCCUUGACUUCGAAGCAGAAAGGGCUGUUCAGGCGGCUCUGGAUAUCCUUAUGCUGGGACGCUCAACUAUAAUAAUAGCUCGGCGUCUUAGCCUUAUAAGAAAUGCUGAUUAUAUAGCCGUGAUGGAGGAGGGUCAGCUUGUUGAAAUGGGUACACAUGAUGAAUUGCUUACACUGGAUGGCCUCUAUGCAGAACUCCUGAGAUGCGAAGAAGCAGCAAAGCUUCCUAAAAGGAUGCCAAUGAAGAACUAUAGGGAAGCUGCAACUUUCCAAAUUGAAAAAGAUUCUUCAGCAAGCCAAAGCUUCCAAGAGUCAUCAUCUCCUAAGCUGGCCAAAUCACCAUCUCUACAGAGAGUGCCUGGGGGCCAUGGAUUACGGCACCAGGAUGUGAAUGUUAACUCACAAGAAUCACCGAAGACUCAUAGCCCACCUCCUGAGCAAAUGUUUGAAAAUGGGAUGUCCUUGGAUGUGCCAGAAAAAGCACCACCAUCCAUAAAAAGGCAGGAUAGUUUUGAAUCAAGAUUACCUGAAUUACCCAAAAUUGAUGUUCAUCCUGUACAUCGUCAAACGUCCAGCGCUUCAGAUCCUGAGUCACCAAUUUCACCACUCUUGACAUCUGAUCCUAAAAAUGAGCGUUCUCACUCCAAGACUUUUAGUCGACCCCUCAGUCAAUCAGAUGAAUUGCCAAGUACACAAAGGGACUCAAAGGAUUUGCAACAUCAGAAACCUCCUUCCUUUUGGAGGCUUGUGGAGCUCAGUCUUGCAGAGUGGCUUUAUGCUCUUCUGGGGAGCACUGGUGCUGCUAUAUUUGGUUCUUUUAACCCCGUUCUAGCUUACAUCCUUGCGCUGAUAGUGGAAGCAUAUUAUAGACACACUGGUGAUCGCCUACGCGAUGAGGUGGAUAAGUGGUGCUUGAUCAUUGCGUGCAUGGGUAUAGUGACAGUGGUUGCCAAUUUCUUGCAGCACUUCUAUUUUGGUAUAAUGGGGGAGAAAAUGACUGAGCGAGUUAGGAGAAUGAUGUUCUCAGCAAUGUUGCGGAAUGAAGUUGGAUGGUUUGAUGAAGAAGAGAACAGUGCAGACACCUUAUCAAUGCGCUUGGCAAAUGAUGCUACGUUUGUUCGUGCUGCUUUCAGCAACCGACUAUCUAUAUUUAUCCAGGACACCGCAGCUGUUAUUGUGGCUCUUCUUAUUGGGGUGCUGCUGGAAUGGCGAUUGGCACUUGUGGCUUUGGCCACUCUUCCAAUUCUUGUACUUUCUGCUAUUGCACAGAAAAUGUGGCUGGCAGGAUUCUCUAGAGGCAUUCAAGAUAUGCACAGGAAGGCCUCGUUGGUCCUUGAGGAUGCAGUCAGAAACAUCUACACAGUCGUGGCGUUCUGUGCUGGUAACAAGGUAAUGGAACUCUACAGAUUCCAGCUUGAUAGAAUAUUCAAGCAGAGUUUUCUACAUGGAACGGCCAUUGGUUUUGCCUUUGGCCUCUCACAGUUCCUGCUUUUUGCCUGCAAUGCUCUCCUGCUUUGGUACACAGCCAUCGCUGUGAGAGAUCAUUACCUGACUCUCCCAAUGGCUCUCAAAGAAUACGUCGUAUUCUCUUUCGCAACAUUUGCACUGGUGGAACCUUUCGGCCUUGCACCAUACAUCCUCAAACGGCGGAAAUCGCUCACUUCCGUGUUCGAAAUCAUAGACCGUGUCCCCAAGAUAGACCCAGAUGAUACUGAGGGCCUUAAACCACCCAAUGUCUAUGGAAGCCUUGAGCUGAAGAAUGUCGAUUUCUGUUAUCCGACACGUCCUGAAGUGAUGGUAUUAAGUAAUUUCAGCCUUAAAGCCAAUGGUGGACAGACCGUAGCAGUGGUUGGAGUUUCAGGCUCUGGGAAGAGCACGAUAAUCUCAUUGAUAGAGAGAUUCUAUGAUCCAGUUGCUGGCCAAGUCUUAUUGGAUGGUCGAGAUUUGAAGCUGUUUAAUCUGAGAUGGUUGAGGAAUCACCUAGGUCUGGUUCAGCAGGAACCCAUCAUGUUCUCGACUACCGUCAGGGAGAACAUAAUUUAUGCGAGGCAUAACGCGACUGAGGCCGAGAUGAAGGAGGCUGCAAGAAUAGCAAAUGCCCAUCACUUCAUCAGCAGCUUGCCUCAUGGCUAUGACACGCACGUAGGCAUGAGGGGUGUUGAUCUGACACCGGGACAGAAGCAGAGGAUUGUCAUCGCUCGGGUUGUGCUGAAGAAUGCCCCCAUCUUGUUAUUAGAUGAGGCCAGUUCCUCGAUCGAGUCAGAAUCAAGCCGGGUGGUGCAGGAGGCGCUUGAUACGCUGAUCAUGGGAAACAAGACGACCAUACUCAUUGCCCACAGGGCAGCAAUGAUGAGACAUGUAGACAACAUUGUUGUUCUCAAUGGUGGCCGGAUUGUCGAGCAGGGAAGCCAUGAUUCUCUAGUCGCGAUGAAUGGUCUGUACGUCCGGCUGAUGCAGCCUCAUUUUGGCAAGGGCCUUCGGCAACAUCGACUCGUUUAGACAGCAGGAUUUUCUGGCCAAUGUAAUUUAUGGUUUCUUUUGUUCUCUUCACCCAUUUUCCGCUUGUCGGAGACAACGCUAACACCGAAUUGUCUCGAUGAUAUUUGUUGUGGGUGAUUGUAUAAUGAACGGGUGAAGAAGAGAAGGGAUGAGCUUGUGAGUGUUCUUUUGGGUUGGUGGUGGUAGUUAACAUUUGUGCAGAAGUAGGAUUAGAGAUAGGGUUGGGUUUGCCGGGGUGAUGGGGCGGGCCAUUCACUUGGAACAGUGUGUGAUGCAUUCUUUUGGGGGCUGGCAUUCUUGGUGCAGGAUGGCAUUGUCUCCAUGGUAUAUUAAUUUGUUAUAAAAUCGGGAAAAAAAAUGUGUUGUUAUAAUCUAUACUGAGGUUGUGGUUUGAGAAUGGUAGAUGCUGUGAUUCAAUUUUUCUUGCACAGGUGAAGAUUGUGCUCCCUCAUGCUUUCUGUCCUUCUGUUGCAGCUCAGGAAGUAGAACUUGGGAACCAUGACGGUAGCCUUCUACGGUCCACACAUCAGUUGUAAAUUUGCUGAGAAGUUCAUAUGAUUGCGUCUCUUUCCUCAGUCCAA